GAGUGCAUAGAAAUCGACCAACUGUAAACUUUUGACUUUAACUAUAUAUAUUUUUCAAAUUAAUCAUCAGAUAAAAAAAUAUGCUGUUUCAAAGACAAUUUAAAAUGCUUUAAUAUCAUCUCCAAAAAGUUCAAAAUGUUCUAUCGGAUUUAGGUCAGGACUGUAUGUUGGCCACCCCUUUGUUGUAUUUAUAAGUCCAUAGUUCCAAACAUAUUUUUUAAAAAUUCCUCAAUAAACACUUUAGACAAUGUUCUAAUCUGGAUAUUUGGAGAUAGUGAGGAAAUGAUCUUCAGAUUAUUUUUUAUUCCUCACUGUUAAUAUUGACAAACAAUAUAGUUCUGUGGUCAAACCUGAGAAAUGUGUUUCAUAUACAAAAAGAAGAAGAGAGCGGGAAGCUGAGUUGAUAGCACAGACCACACCAGACGGGAAAGUAGAUCCAAAAAGAAGGCAGUUUUUUUCAUCAUUGUUCAGUACAUUACAAAUCGUAUUUAUCUGUCUUUAUCACACUUACUACAAAACGUUUGUAGAGGCGCUUUUGUAUUUACAGAAAUCUUUCGAAAGUUACAUUAUUCUAUUUGUGGGUUUGUGUGGUUUCAAUAAUUAUCAUUCACCGGAAAAUGAGAUUUUGUAUUGUGUGCGGUAAUUCUGAAGACGACGUAAAGCAUUUAUUUUGCUUUCCCCGUAGCGCAGACAGGUCGCAAAUAUGGCAGGAAGCUAUGGAAAUGAAAUAUAGACCACUAUGUGGCCAUGUUAGAAUCUGCAAUGAGCAUUUCACAAAAGAUAGAUUUGUGCCGUGUACCUCAGUUUUACGUUUGAAAGCUGAUGCAGUGCCCACAAUUCUGGAAGUCCAGAAGGACCAUGUUAUGAAGGGACUGGACCAGAUAGCAAAUAAAAAAGUAAACAUUAUAUCCCAAUAUAUAAUAAAGCCAGAACCACAGACUCUUUUGGAUACCAAAUCAUUAAGUAAUGCAAACAGUGAAGUUACUGAACAUGAGAAAACAAAUUCCUCGCAGUCACCAUCCCAACGGGCUGUCACACCAAUUUCAAGUACAGUUAGAUGUAGAAGGACUUUUUUUAAGGACGUUGAAGGCUUGUGUUCAACAAAGAUAACACCAAGAAAGCAAAAGUUGAUGGUUAUUGUGAAGAGGAAGCAGGGUCGCAUAAGAAAAUUACAAAAAGUUUGCAAACAAAAAGGGAAAAGGAUUAAAACUUUAGAAAAUAUAGCAAUGAAUAAUUGUUUCAAAGGCAUGCCAUCUACCAUAUCUAACUUUAUGAUGUCUCAGAUUUACAAACAACUUUGUCCUCUUGCAUAACGUUUUGUUUCAGUUUUCUUGGAAUCCCUAUGAUCUAAUGUUACUAGUUCUCAUUCAGUCUGUGUUUGUUAUGAAAAGAUGUGGCAUAGCAUUAUUAUUAUUGUGAAUCUUUGUUGUACUUAUGCAAAUACAAUUUGACAAAGCUCAA